UUAAAAUGACAGUCCACGGCAAGAAACCUAGAGGUUCGUCACACCACUAUCAACCAAUACUUUUUCCUUUAGUCUGCGAGAAUCCUUCUACUCAGUUCCUUCAGUAACACGUUUGGUGUCUGUUGGAUGUGUCCACCAUGAGUUCCCCUUCAGUUUCACAGCCGUGGGAGUGGUCAGUAACACCUGAUAUGGUCCUCUCCACUGAGGUUCGAGUUCCCCUUGAACCCAGUUCUGAUCAGGACAAAAUCCCCAGGUUCUAUGGUGGGAUAGUUACUCCUCUCUGCGAGGUAGUUCUGUACCUUGUUAGCCUGUCGUACCUGUGAAUGUAAUGCUUGGAGAAUUUUGGUUAGUUAGCAUAUAUAUUUCCCCAUCUCUUCCCCUAGGAUAUGCAUAUCCAAUUUUGCUGGUAGACUUUCUGGGAGCAAUGGUACACAACGUCUUGGUCCCCAGAGUGUCCUCAUGGACCGUCCAUAAAUGCCUUCAGCUGGUGACAACCCUGUUUUCCCCUGUGGGGUGACCCUCAUGUGGAAGAGGGCUAACGGUAGGACCUUCAAACAAAUUCUUUCCUGAUUCCAUCAAGGUAUGUGAUCGGCAUUGGGCGAGGGACCGUACCUCCAAAGGAACCAACAGAGAGCAACAAAAGGUUAAAAAUGACAAGGAUUUUGCCUACGGGAAUCUCGAACACAACACACUAGUUUUGCUGUCUCUGUCCAGAUAUUUAAGAAGUGGAGCAAGGGAUUCAAUCAACUGUCCUUCCUGCUCAGACUGUGGGGAGGGAUUCACUCAAUCAUCUGACCGACUGGCAUGCCCGUCAUUUUACACAGGGGAGAGGCCGUUCACCUGCUCAGACAGUGGGAAUGGAUUCACUCGGUCAUUUGAACUGCAAGUUCACACUGGACAAGGUCAUUCACCUGUUCUGUGUGUGAGCAGGGAUUCAGUUGGUCUUCCCACCUGUGGACACACCAGUCAGUUCACACUGGACAGAGGCUGGUCAUCUGCUGAAUUUGUGGGGAAGGAUUCAAUCGGUCAUCUGACCUAAUGGCUCACCAGCGAGUUCACAUCGGGAGGCGGCCAUUCACCUGCUCAGACUGUGGGAAGGGAUUCACUCGGUCAUCUAAACUGAAGGUACAUCAGCGAGUUCACACUGGGGAGAGGCCAUUCACCUGCUCAUUGUGUGGGAAGGGAUUCACUCAGUCAUCCACCCUAAUGUUGCACCAGCGAGUUCACACAGGGGAGAGGCCGUUUACCUGCUCAGACUGUGGGAAGGGAUUCACUCAGUCAUCCACCCUACUGGCACACCAGUCAGUUCACACAGGGGAGAGGCCGUUCACCUGCUCAUUGUGUGGGAAGGGAUUCACUCAGUCAUCCACUCUACUGGUACACCAGCGAGUUCACACUGGAGAGAGGCCAUUCACCUGCUCAGACUGUGGGAAGACAUUCACUCGGUCAUCCAACCUACAGAGACACCAGCGAGUUCACACUGGGGAGACGCCAUUCACGUGCUCAGACUGUGGGAAGGGAUUCACUUGCUCAUCUAAACUGAAGGCACAUCAGCGAGUUCACACUGGAGAGAGGCCAUUCAGCUGCUCAAACUGUGGGAAGGCAUUCACUCGGUCAUCCAAUCUACAGAGACACCAGUCAGUUCACACCGGGGAGAGGCCAUUCACCUGCUCAGACUGUGGGAAGGCAUUCACUCAGUCAACCCACCUACAGAAUCACCAACGAGUUCACACUGGGUAGAAGCCGUUCACCUGGUCAGACUGUGAGUAGGGAUUCACUUGGUUAUCUGAUCUACAGAUACAGCAGUGAGUUCACACUGGGGAGAAGCCAUUUGCCUGCUCAGACUGUGGGAAGGGAUUCACUCAGUCAUUUCUCCAUCAGAGAAUUCACAAUGGAGAGCGGCCAUUCACUUUCUCAGUCUGUGGGAGGAGAUUCACUCGAUCAUACACCCUACAGAGUCACCAGUCAAUUCGCACUAGGGCUGUCAGUCACCUGCUCAGACUGUGGGAAGGGAUUCACUCAGGCAUGUCACCUACUGAUACAUCAGUCACUUCACACUGCAGAGAGGAAUUUCAGCUGCUCAGAUGGUGGGAAGGGAUUCAGUUGGUCAUCCCUCCUACAGAGUCACCAGUGAGUUCACAAUGGAGAGAGGCCAUUUACCUGCUCAGACUGUGGGAAGGGAUUCAUGCGGUCAUCCUCCCUAUUGGUUCACAAGUCAGUUCACACUUGGGAGAGGCCGUUCACCUGUUCAGAAAGUAGGGAGGGAUUCCCUCACUCUUCCACCCUACAGAUGAGAUGUUAAAGGAUAAUUUGUCCAGUUCUUUCUUUUUUUUCAAAUCUUUUAUUAUUUUUAUCCAAAAUAACAAGAGCACAUCAAAGUAGGUAACACUUACAAUGUCUCAAGGGAAAAAAAACAUUGUUUUAAAGAUUGAAAAAUUUGGUGGAGCAAAAAAAGAAAAGGAAAAAAAACACCAUUAGGUGUUCAACCCCGGAGCCAAUUGUCAUACAAAAUUCUAAAGAUAAACAUCAAACUGCCAGCAAGAAAAAAAAAGUACCAAAAUUUACAAUUAGAUCGUGGAGGAAAUCUAUCAAUUAACUCAAAUGAUAGUAACGAGUAAAUGAACCCCAUCUUUUCUCAACAUCAAACAUAGGUUCAAAGGUUCGACUUCUAAUUUUCUCCAAACUAAGACAGAACAUCACUUGAAAGAACCGUAGUGACAGAGUGGGAGCCGACGAGUCCUUCCACUUCAACAGAAUGGCCCUCCUAGCUAUCAAUGUAACAAAAGCAAUAACAUGUUGGUCAGACAAAGAAAUACCGCGGCUAUUUUGAGGAAUUAUUCCAAAAAGCAGUUAAUUUGUUAAGUUGUAAAUUAAUUGUAAGUGCUUUAGAAAUUAGAAAAAACUGACUUCCAGAGCUAUUCCAGUAUAGAACAAGACCAAAACGUGUGUCAGUGUAGCUGUCUCAGUUUUACAUACAUCACAACUAUCAACAUUAGGAAAGAUUUUGGACAAUCUGUCCUUCGUCAAAUAGUAAUGAUGUACAAUUUUAAAUUGGAUCAGUGAAUGGCUAGCACAAAUUGAAGAGUUAACCAACUUCAGAACCUGUGUCCAUUCCUCCGUCAUAAAAGUCAAAUUAAGUUCCUUUUCCCAAUCUUGUUUAAUCUUAAAUAAAGGAUACUUAUCAUCCUAUUGUAAUAGUAAAUUAUAAAUUCUUCCAGUGGAACCCUUCAUCAAAGGGUUCAUACUCAUAAUAGUAUCUGACAGGUCGGCAUCCAAUAUUUAAGGAAAAUUACUUAAAUAUUUUUGUAAGUAACUUGUCUAACUUGAAGGUAUUGUAAGAAGUGUGAGUAUGAAAGACAAUAUUUAUCAGUUAAUUGUUGAAAAGACAUCAGUCUAUCUUCUUUAAAUAGAUCCAAAAAAGAAUUAAUACCUUUAUUUUCCUAAAGAAAAAGUUUGGAAUUUGGAUCACUCAAAAGAAGUCUUAUAAAAACAAUUUCGAUAAAUUAAACUACAAAGUUUAAAUUUUUUAAGAUUAAAAAAAUUACAGAACUGCAGCCAAAUUUGUAAAGAAUACUUAAUCACGGUAUAAAUUUAAGUUAGCAAAUUCAGCUUAUUGUAUAGGUAAAGCAGCUCCCAAUAACGAGGUUAAAUAAAACGGUUCCACAACUUUCAAUUCCAAAUCUACCCAAAUUGGCCACUCGUUCUUAUCAACCCAGUGUAACUAAAAGGACAUAAAUGGCACAUUAACGGCCCAAUAAUACUUUCUUAAAUUAGGCAAAGCAAGACCUCCAUCCUUUUUCAAUAUUUGUAAGUGACAUUUACUAAUUCUUGGUCUUUUUAUCAUUUCAAAUAAAAGAUGAGAUAAGAGAAUCAAUCCAAUCAAAAAGCUUCUUAGUCAAAAAAAGGGAUAUUCUGAAAUGAAUAUAAAAAUUUUGGUAAAAUCAUCUUGACUAAAAGGAUGCAACCAGCAAGUGAAAAUGUAAGUGGGUUCCAUCUACUGAAUAAAUACUUCAUAGAAUCUACCAAGGGAACAAAAUUAGCUUUAUAAAGAUCCUUAUUUUUUUUAGUGAUUAUGAGACCUAAAUAUCUAAAGCCAAGACUGCUCUGUCUGUACAAAAAAAAGUUUAAAAAGGUUCUCUAUCCCUAAAUAUCUAAAGGAAUCCGUAACUUCGAAUGGAGUAUUAUCAUAUAUAGAAACAGAUUCAUUUAAUGGAAACAAUUCACUUUUAUUAAAAUUUCCAAACCCAUUAAAUAAUUUUAGCAAGGCAGAGAUAGAUUCCUCGGGAUUAGAUAUAUAAACCAGUAAGUCCUCACCAUAAAGAGAAAUCUUAUGAAUGGUCUCAUUCACAAUAAUUUCAUGAAUAUCUUUAGCUUCAUGAAGAGUGAUAGCAAGGGGUUCUAAUAUUAAGUUAAAUAACAAAGGACUUAAUGGACAACCUUGUCCCCUGUGAAAGCUGGAAAAAAGGGAUUCUACAGUUAUUAGCAAUAACAGUAACAACAGGAAUUGUAUAUAUCAUUCUAAUCCAAUUAUUAAAAUUAACACCAAAACCAAAUUUCUCUAAAACAUUAAAUAUUUCCAUUCGACUCAAUUGAACGCUUUUUCAGCAUCUAAAGAGACAACGCAUUGUGGAGUUUUAAAAGAAGACGAGUAUAUAAUGUUAAAUAAUCUCUGAACAUUUGAAAAGGAAUAAUGACCCUUUAUAAAGCGUGUUUGAUCUUUAAAAAUUUUCAUCCAAAAUAUUUUCCAACCGAUUAGCCGAUAUCUUUGACAGGAUCUUAGCAUCAGCGUUCAAUAAUGAAAUAGUCUGUAUGAGGCAGAAUUGGUAGGUUCUUUAUCCUUUUUAAGAAUUAAAGAAAUAGAAGCCUCAUAAAAAGUACAGGGUAAAUCACCUUUCACAAAAGAGUCCUUAAACAUUUCCAACAUAUACGGACAGAGCAAUUUUCCAAUUUUUUUUAAUAGAAUUCUACAGGGUAGCAAAGUCCAGGGGCCUUACCGGAUUGUAUUGAAAUAAUAGCUUUAUGAAUUUUGGCUUCAGUAAUUUGGGCUGCAAGAGUUUUUUGAUCCUCAACAGAGAUUUGAGGAAAAGCAAUCUUAUUUUUAAAAAAAAUUGUUUUAGAAGAAUCUACUGGAAAUUGAAAUUUAUAGAGUUCAGUAUAAAAAUCUUGAAAAAUCUUAUUAAUUUCUUCAUAUUCCCAAGCCAGGGUACCAUCUUGCCUACGGAUUUUCAAAAUUUGCCUUUUGGCUCUGGCUGUUUUCAUUUGAGAUGCAUUCAGUUUGUUAUUUUUGAUCUCCAAACAUGUAAAAUUGACUUUUUAGCUUAAGCAAGUAGCCUUCAAUAGGAUGAGUUAAUAAUCAACUAUAUUGUGAUUGAAGUUCUACCCUUUGUUUAAAUAAGUCAAUAUUAGGGAGAUCGCAUAAAUAUUAUCUAAGUCUUUAAAUUGUUUUGAAAUCUUAUCUAAUUCUACUGUUUUUCUUAAGCUUAGCUGAAUAAGAAAUAAUCUGACAUAAAAAUGCUUUAAAUAUAUCCCCAUUUGAUUAAUUUGGACGUACCCCCUAUAUCAUUAAAGAGAAAAAAAUCUUUUAUCUGGGUUCAAUGAAGCUAACAAAGUCAGAAUUCUGCAAUAAUGUCUGAGACAGGCGCCAAGGUGGGCGGGCAAGAAUGACAUCAUCGAAUUUGAAAGACAAACUCAAAGGUGCAUAAUGUGAUACAGCAAUAGCGUCAUAUUCACAAUUCUUAACAGUAGGUAAGAAGCGAGGGUCGGCUGUAAUAUAAUCGAUCCUCGAAAAUUUUCUAUAAAUGUGAAAAAGAAAAUUUCUCUAUCAUCAGGGUGUAAAUAUCUCCAAUCAAUCCAAAAUCAGUCAAAUAGGAAGUAAUAAGUGACACCAAGCAAUUUGGAAGUAGCUGGUUGGUUGAGCUCGUGUCAAUCAAAGGAUUUAAACAGUAUUUAAAAUCCCCGCCCAUUAUCAACAUAUAUUCAUUUAAAUCAGGCAGUAAAGCAAAUACAUUUUGAAAUAAAGGAUCAUCUAAGUUAAGACUGCACAAAUUGACUAAAGCAACUUUUCUGUUACAAGUUACUCAUUUAACAAUUAAAAAUCUACCAUUAAAAUCUGACUUAAUAUCCUCUUGAAUGAAUGAAAUAUUGGAUUUAAUAAAGAUAGAGACUCCCUUAGUUUUACUUUGUAAAGUGGAGUGGAAUUGCAAACGCUGCCACCAUCCAAAAAAAUCUAUUUUGAUCUCCCGCCUUGAUAUGCAUUUCUUGGGCAAAAAUUACAUCAGGUUGGAGUCUGUUAAUGAUUUUAAAAGUCUGUUUUUCAUUUGCUAGGAUGAUUCCAACCACGUACAUUCCAACUUAUUACAUUAAUCCGUUUAAAUACCAUAUUAUAACUUUAUUCUGCUUUACACAUGCACAGAGCACAUGCCAAUAUGGCAUGAACAAAAAUGGCGAUGAUGAAGAAUACAACCACAUAGAAAACACGCAUGCUCCGGAGCCACCCAAUGGUGAAAAAAACCCACAUAAGUCUAACCUCACCCCUCCCCCCACAGCCCAGAAAAGAAACAGGUACCCCAUGAUAGAAUACGAAGCCAAGCCUGCUCUGUCUGUACAAAAAAAAAGUUUAAAAAGAUUCUCUAUCCCUCCCCCUAGUUAAAAGAAAAUGAAACCCACUGACCUUUUGAGAGAAACGAAAAAAUCUCAACAAAGGAGUGUUUACAUCCCAGCAUCUACAAACUAUCCCAUGUUUAUAUUUAAUCUUUUCUAAAUAAACAGAAAACCAAAAAAUUGUUAUCUCUUAAAAAGAAAAAACAUCACCAUCUUAAAUUUGACAUUAAAUCCCUAAAAAAGCUUUAAAUUCAGUUAUAAGAUGCUAUAAUAUUCUAUUAUAUAAAAAACAUACUGAUAUAUUGAAAAGAAAUUUUAAAAAUAAGCAGUUAUUAAGAUCUUAAAUAUAUUACCUAAAAAAUCCAAGCAUAGUGUUUAAUAACAGAUCAACACAAUUUUUCAAAAAAAAGCAAAAGAAGCAAGAAGAAAAGUUAAUAGCAUAUUUAACCCAACUAAAUUUACAAAAGUACCAGCUAAUAUAUAAGUAAUUGAAACCUCCUCUAUGUAUAUAUAAAAAAGGAAAUAGCUCAUCAGUAGGAAUAACUACCAGUUAGUUAGUUAAGAAAGAAACAAAAAAAAAACAAACCAGAUAUUAGGUUAAAGGAAUAAGUCCCUUUCUCUUCUUUCCAAAAAAAAAAUGAUAUGCAAUAAUGAACAAGUCCCCUAAUCUUAUUUUAAUAGUCUCAAUGAAAUGUCCAGGUAGACUUCAUAAAUCUUCUUUCCGAAAUACUAAUAUGCAGAUAACCAGGCGAUCUUCCGGACAGCUCAAUUAGCAGUUACAGCGGGUAUAGUUUGAAAGAACGCCAGUGCAGCUUUAGGAUCAAAAAAUGUACGAGGAGGAGAAUCAGGAGGAAAAGCUUUAAUUCUUAUUGGAUAAAGCGAGGAAGGAAACAGUUUCUUAUCAUAUGCUUGUUUCUUUGCCAGAGCAAAUUUUGAUCUUUGUUCCAUUACUUCCUUCGGAUAAUCUUCAUUAAAACAGAGCUCAGAUUCUUCAAAUCUAAAAACUGUCUGUUUUCUUGCCUGUCACAUUAUUUGAUCUUUAAUCUUAAAAUGAUGAAAACAAUCCAGAACAAACCUUGGUUUAUUUGGAUCUUGAAAUCACGAAGUAAAAGUUCUAUGUGUUCUUUCUAUAGUAGCCAGCUGUGAUAAUAUAUUAGGAAAUAAGGUACGAAAAAGCAGUUAAAUCUCAAUUUUCAGUUCCUUGCAGCCCAACGAUUCGUAUAUUCAUAGUUUUCAGGCCUGUAAUCUUAUUUCGAUAUAUUUCCAAUCGAGUUGUAGGUUCAAGCAAUUAUUGCUUAGUUAUCUUCAAUUCCUCUUCCUGUGUAAUAACUUGUGUUUCCAGGUCCUUAAAUUUUCCCAGAAAUGACAUCACUUCAUUACUCACAAAAUGCUGGUGGAACACAGCAGGCCAGGCAGCACCUACAGGGAGAAGCACUGUUGACGUUUCGGGCCGAGACCCUUCGUCAGGACUAACUAAAAGGAAAGAUACAAAGAGCUUUGAAAGUAGGAGGAAGACGGGGAAACAUGACCGGAGGGGGUGGGGUUUAUAUAAGGUUCCUCCACACUCAGGUUCGAGUGUGUACUGGGUAGCCUCCAAUCUGAUGGCAUGAACAUUGACUUAUCUAACCUCUAAUGCCCUUCUUACCCCAUCCCUGACAUAUUUAGUUGUUUGUUUUUCUCUCUCUGCCCAUCACUCUGCCUGUUCUCCAUCUCCCUCUGGUGCUCCCCUCCCCCCUUUCUUUCUCCCGUCCCAUGAUCCUUUCCCUUCUCUAGCUCUGUAUCCCUUUUGCCAAUCACCCUUCCAGCUCUUAGCUUCAUCCCACCCCUCCCCCUCCUACUUUCAAAUCUCUGAAUAUCUUACCUUUCAGUUGAUCCUGACGAAGGGUCUCGGCCGGAAACGUCAACAGUGCUUCUCCCUAUAGAUGCUGCCUGGCCUGUUGUGUUCCACCAGCAUUUUGUGUGUAUUGUUGUUUGAAUAUCCAGCAUCUGCAGAUUUCCUUGUGUUUGUCCUGACAAGUUCUUCCCACUCCUGAAAGACAUAUUGUUCCCCUCAGAGAAUCUGCAAAUAAUGAUUUUAAAUUUGAAGUUUAAACUAGGGGGAAAGGAACAAAACGGAGCAGCACAGAAACUGUUGUUACUCCAUUCACAGACAGGCGCAGUCUCCAAUUUGUCCUGUUAACUUUCAGGAAAUUAGAUGCUUUUUCGUGAUUAAGAGUUCUUUGCUAAGUACUAUUGACAUGUUAAAGGAUAAAUUUGUCCUGAUGACAUGCAGGAAUUUAGAUACUAAUCGCACACUUUGUUCUUGGGUGGACGACCUUUGCGUCUGCUUUAGGUACUUAAGUAUUCUUUGUCUCGUACUGUCACUGCUGCCAGGCAUGUGACUGGGGAUAGCUAAAAAUUGUAUCUUGCAUACGUGACUGACUGUGGUGUAAAACCCAAUAAAAAGGGAGGACUGUUUCCUUGUUCGGAGAGCAUCGCUUGACAGGGCUCUGCAAGCACUGCAAAGUUUGUUCAGCAAUCCUCCAAAAAGCUUGUACAAUAAAGAAUUGUGGCUGUCCACAGAA